AUGAGCAAUGACAAUCAAGGAAACCCGUACAAGCAAAGGUUUAAGGGUAUCGAAAAUUUUCUGCGUCGAGUAGCAUUCAAUUUAGGUAAUACUCCAUCACAGACAGAAGUUAAAAUUAUAUCAUGUAUUCCAAUAGACGUAACAGACCUACAGCAGAGGAUCAUAACCCUUGAAAGGGAAUUAGUAGAAGCUAAAACUCUUGCAAGUUAUAAAGCCAAUACUAUAAUGAGCUCAAGCAUUACUAAAAACACUCCAACUCGACACUCGACACCAAUUAUCCAAACAGCUCUUGGUAAACCUACCCCAAUCUGCUCAAAGUCGAAAAACCCUCCGCCAUGCCAAAGUAGUCAAACGAAUGUUCCGGUUACAAAUCACGGGUGCAACACAAAAUCUUCACCUAAAAGGAAAUCAAGUGUUUGCUUUGUAUCCCCUAAUGCUUCGAACGAAGUUUGCACAAACAAAUACGAGGUAACAUAUGCAGAAUCCAAUGUUAAUGUGAUGAAAGCUUCGGUAAAUCGUGACAAAACAAAAGUAGCCAGCAAAAUCGUUCCGAAAAGGCUGAGAAGGGCUUUAAGGAAGAAAACUAAACAGAAGACACAGUUGGUGUAUUUCGCUCAGACUUCAAACACACCUUUUAACAGUUACGACAUGACCUCUGAAUCGAUUAACAAAAUUGCAGCAGCAAACAAGAAGUCUGUAAUAAGCCGCACUUAUUUAAAUAAUAUGAUUCGCAAGCAAUAUGAGCCAGAAGUGAUUGCAGAUGAACUGACCGAUAUCAGUCAAUUUUCCUCGCCCAUCUGCAGAGAUAUUGAUCCCAAAAGUAGCAAUUACAACUCACAUGAGUCCAAUUUAUCAUGUUACUAUAAAAAAUUUGAAAAUCUCGAUAAAUGUUUGCCAAGGAAAAAUCAUAACUUAAAUAUAACACUAAAAAAUAAUUUGGUUGUAGACCCAGGGCCAGUUUCCUUAUAUUACCAACAAAAACAUAGAAAUAAUCAUGAUGGAUACUACGAUUCUGAUCACUAUGAUAUAUUUCCAGUUAAAGAAAAAUCCGUUAAAACGAAGAAAGAAAUUUUGUCUAAACAGUUUCAACGAAUGCAUAUUGAAUAUUGGCCUGAAAAUCUUCGAACUAAAAACAAUGUACAACCAGUUUCGUAUGAUAAUGCUAAUAAAACAUGUGAUAAUUACGACAAUAUUUACAAAGAUGAUGAAGAGAAAUUUACAAUUUCAAAUGCUAAAAGAAAAAAAGGUCGAAUUAACGGAGAACGAGAAAUGAAUUCGUAUGAACCUAAAAUUUGUUCUGUAGAUUAUGGAAAUGUUUAUGUAAAGAAAAAUUUAACUAACGAUAAUACACAAAAAUCUAAUCCAACAACUCCAUGCUUAAAAAAUACAGAAUGUUUAACUGUAAACAUGAUAAAUACACAAUGCCAGACGGUAGAAUCGAAAGCAAUUCAGCAUCAUAUUCCAAAUGAUAACAAAGCAGAAGUUACUCUCAACCAAAUCAAAGGUAUAUUACAAUCAGUUUUAACUGAAGUAAAAACAAAUAUUAAAUCUAAUAAAGUUGUUCAUAAGCCAAAAAAAGACGUCGUGAUACAAAAAGACGUAUCUCAUAACAAUAUAGUGGGUGGUUCAACUUUUCUCAACAGUUUUACAUACAAUCCUUCUUAUAGUAUAAACCCUUGUUUAGCCUCUUACUCGCGCCCAGUUCCUAAUUUCUGUUAUGCCAAUUUGCCUUCCCUACCAAUGAAAUGCUUACCAAACUAUCCCCUAAUAUUACCUGCAAAAGGUCAAAAUUGCGGGUGUCAACAUAGGGGGGGCGACCACAAGGUAGAAUCACAAAUCCAAACAAAACCGGCAGCUACUGCAGCAACUAACACUGAUGGUGGACCAGAUAAAAUGCAGAAAAACGAAGCUAUUAAUUUGAUCAAGGAAAUAUACAAAUCUGUAGCUGUGGACAUUAACUAUUCAAAUGAAAACACGUCACGCAUCUCAUUCGGCUACCAACAAAAGACAGAGCAGCCUGAAGUGCAAUCUGUUAACACCAAAGAAGUAACAAGAACAGAGCCACAGUCAGCAGGACAAAAAAACAUUCAAUUGCUUACAAACAAUAUACCUACUACUAUACUUACGUCCACUAUUACCGACAACAAUACCGAAUCAAUAGCGGAAAGCUCGCAAUCAGAAGUAAAAAGUGAAUUAGCGACAACAGCUACAGGUGCCAGUUCUCAAAUUACUGACAACAACACAGAAGAGGAUAAAGUAUAUCAUACUUCAGACCAAGUGGAAAACGAAACAGCUGACCAACAAUCUAACAAUGAAGAAACUAAUACAUCUGGCAGCGAAACCGAAAGCGGGGACACGCUUGUAGCAGAUGAAGAAACAAAAAAGAAAGUAAAACCGGGUCUAUUUCAAAAAGUGCUACAAACCGUAAACAUAUUCAAAAAAAGAAAACCCGAAAAAAUGGUGGAUGAAAGUGAAUCCGAAGAAAGUGGCUCGGACUACCAAACAAUAUACAGUUACAAAACGUACAAAGACCUUAAGCAACCAAUCACCAGAACAUUUCAACAACCCGCUACAAAACAAAGACACUUAAAGCCAAUUGUCCAACCAGAUAGAGAAAUAAGAAAGGACGUGCAAGAAAAUCGUAGAAGAUCGCCCUACAUGGAGCAAGAAUACAGACGUUACUGGGAUGAAAAACUAAUGUUCCACGAAAACCAAUCACCAGUGCAUUCUUCAGAGAGAUCUUUUCCAGGUUUGUCUCGAAGUCCACAAAGUCCCGUAUUCUGGCGAGGCUAUGAAGCUAGGAGCGCUAUUAUAAGACAUAGACCAACGAAAAUACACCGAGAACACUCAAAAACCUCGCAAAGGUUUCAGAAAGAAAGAACCGGACUGAAGCUUGAAUGGCUGAAAAAGCAGAAAUUUAAAACUCCAGUGAGUGAAGAAUCUUAA